UGCAAACUUAACCAAACAGAACUCUAAUUUCUAAUUUGCCUCUUCCUCCAUCGAUCAUUCACUUUCUGCAGAAACUAUAUCGAUACAGCCAUGGCAGCACCUUCAAUGAAUGGAGAUGACUCGGUGAUUCUGUUUUCUACCUCAAACUCCCCUGAACAAUAUACCACCACCCCUUCCUCUUCUUCCUACCACUCAUCACCACCAUCACCCCAACAUUGCAUUAACCCAACUUACAAUCUCACUGUACGCAACCUCUCCUACACUUAUCUCCCAAAUAGGGGCAUAACACUUUCAGUUUCUCAACUGCUGCAAAAGCCUAAGCCUGUUGCCAUACUCAAGUCAGUCUGUUUUGUUGCAAAAAGUUGUGAAACACUUGCCAUUGUUGGCCCGAGUGGCACCGGAAAAUCUACCCUCCUGCGGAUAAUAUCGGGGAGGGUGAAAGAUGAAGACUACAAUCCCAAAAGUGUCUCCAUUAAUGAUCAUCAGAUAACUAGUCCUGCUCAGUUGCGCAAAAUAUGCGGAUUUGUUGCACAAGAAGAUAAUCUGCUUCCCCUACUGACUGUGAAGGAGACUUUGAUGUUCACUGCUAAGUUUCGACUUAAAGGCAUUGAUGCAAAAGAGAGGGAAAAGAGGGUGGAGAGCUUAAUUCAAGAGCUUGGUCUUCUCCAUGUCUCCGAUAGCUAUGUGGGAGAUGAAGAGAAUAGAGGGAUAUCUGGUGGAGAAAGGAAAAAGGUAUCUAUAGGUGUCGAUAUGAUUCAUGAUCCACCUAUUUUGCUUCUUGAUGAGCCGACUUCAGGCCUAGACAGCACUUCGGCACUUCAAGUUAUAGAGCUUCUUUCUAUAAUGGCCAAAUCAAAGCAAAGAACCGUGGUUUUAUCAAUACACCAACCAAGCUAUAGAAUUCUUCAUCACAUCUCCAACUUUCUGAUCCUCUCCCAUGGUUCUGUUGUCCAUAAUGGGAGCAUUGAGUUACUCGAAGAAACUAUAGGUAAUCUUGGAAUGCAAAUUCCAUUGCAGCUCAAUGCCCUAGAAUUUGCCAUGGAAGUUAUACAAACCCUGGAAGAUUCAUAUUCCAGAAGCACCAGUGAUCAUCACCCUCAUGCUACAGAAAACAAAGAACCAUGCUCCUACCCUUCAUUGCCAGAAAUAGAAAUCGGCAGAGAUCAACAUGAUCAAACCAAAAACAUGGGUGAUUAUUUCUCUAAUUUAUAUGAGAUCAUGUUUCUCUGCUCAAGAUUUUGGAAGAUAAUUUACAGAACGAAGCAGCUGCUUCUGGCCAGAACACUGCAAGCUCUUGUUGGAGGUUUUGGCUUGGCAAGCGUGUACAUAAAAAUGAGGAAAGAUGAAGAAGGCGUAGCAGAGCGACUAGGCCUCUUUGCUUUCAGUCUAAGUUUUCUACUCUCUUCCACAGUUGAAGCAUUACCGAUAUUCCUUCAAGAGCGGCGAGUUUUAAUGAAAGAAGCCUCAAGGGGGGCUUACAAGAUCUCCUCUUACAUGAUUGCCAACACCAUUGUCUUCCUACCCUUUUUAUUUGCAGUGGCUCUUCUGUUUGCUGUUCCUGUGUAUUGGCUCGUAGGCCUCAAUCCUUCUGUGGCUGCUUUCGCAUUUUUCACUUUCGUGGUUUGGCUCAUUGUGUUGAUGGCUAGUUCUCUAGUGCUCUUUCUCAGUGCAGUCUCUCCCGAUUUCAUUUCAGGAAACUCGCUUAUCUGCACAGUUCUUGGAGCCUUCUUCCUCUUCUCUGGCUACUUCAUUCCGAAAGAGAGCAUACCAAAAUACUGGCUCUUCAUGUACUAUGUUUCCAUUUACAGGUAUCCGUUGGACACAUUGCUGACAAACGAGUAUUGGAGUAUUAGUAGCGAGUGUUUCUCUUGGCAUGCUAAUGAUCAAUUUCCCUCCGAGUGUUUGCUCACUGGCAAUGAUGUGUUGAAGAGUCGGGGACUUGACAAGGACACCAGGUGGAUCAAUGUAGGGAUCAUGUUUGGUUUCUUUGUGUUUUAUCGAGUGCUCUGUUGGAUCAUUCUUUGUCGAAGGGCUUCCAAAACAACAAUUUAAUCACAUAAGAUCGAUGUUAUCAUAGUGUACUUAUGGGUUACUUCAGGAAUAGUGAGAAAGUAAUUACUUCAGAAAAAUAAUUCUGUCUAUACAUUACAUGUAAAUCCCAAUCUUUCAUUCCAUAAGAAAGUAAUCAUGUAAGAAAUUAGAACAUAAAAGAUUUAAGCAAAGCCAAAAUGUUUCAAACGUUGCAAGACAAGUUGUCAAACACAAAUAGAGUGAAUUGAAACCAAUACAUUGCUUUUUUUCUUGAGACGUAGAAAAGUCUAACCAAACGAUCUGAGACUUGAAGAGCACAAAAGAAGAUAUGAAGAAUUCAACUCUUGCCUUGGGUGAAAGAAACAAGUGGUCUACCAAAGGGAAACUAGAAAACCCCACAACCGAACAUUGAUGUAAAACAACAUAAGAAAGAUGCAGAGCCGCAAUGAAAAUUAUAAUGUAUUCUUGAUACAAACCAGAACUAUAAUUACGGCUAAAAUUGAAAGGAAAUUAUCGAGAUCUAGAACGAAAGUAGUUCCUGUUGUACCUACUCAUAAUCCCUAACAGAAACAAAACUCAAGAAAAUCAUCAAUUUCCCAAAAAGCCGUUAUAUCCAUCAAAAUCUGAUAGACCCUCUUACAUAAGCUGCAGAUAUGCAUACAAUGCAACACAUCUACCAAAAGCAGUAAAAAGCUGCCCAAUCAAUUAAAGCUCAUCCUCCAUCCUCAAGUACUCUCCAAUAUCAG